AUCCCCCGUGGUGGCGUAAGCAAAAGCUGCACCGUGGGGGGAGUUUGCCAUGGCGGCCGUAGAAACGGCUCGGGCCGGUGUUGUGAGAGGCAUCGCUUCCUGCUGGAGAGCUCGCUGAGCGCUCGCUUCCUCUUGGGGCCCUUACGAUGACAUCGGUUUCGUCCCAGUACGCUCGCAGCGCAUCGUGGCGUCGGUGCAUCGUCGUGUGAAACUGCGAAGAGGGCCAGUGCAGAUGUGUGUGUGAAGCAGAAAACAUAACCCCGCCGUACACUGCUUUCGUGUUCGGAUGCUCAACCUGUCCGGUGUUUGUGUCGUCGUUGGUGCGAUUGCCGGUGACGGCUGCUGUUGUAUGGCCACUGGUGCGAACACGGGUCUUGGUACGCGAUGGUGUGGCGGCAGGCGGCGGCACCUGGCGGUGGCUGCCUGAGCAGCGGGAGGCGACGUCAUGGCCGACCAGCGUAUUUCCCUGGUCGGGGCUGCCCAGCUGGCCGGCCGGCUGCGCACGGACCCUGCACAGGUGUUGGUGAUUGACAGCCGGCCCUUUCUGGAGUUCAACACGUGCCACAUCCGGGAUGCCGUCAACGUCUGCUGUUCCAAGAUCAUCAAGCGUCGUCUUCAGCAUGACAAGGUGAGCGUGUGUGAGCUGCUGCCUUCGGACGGUCGCCAGCAGCGGAUCGAGCAAGUUGUGGUGUACGACCAAGGGUCGUGGUCCGUUCCUAGCGGCGAUGACUCUUUCAUCGCCGUACUCCUGGCAAAACUGGCCAGGGCUUUCCCAGGACGUGUGGCUCUACUUGCUGGUGGACUGCUGGAGUUCUCGAGCCGUCACCGGACACUGUGCGAGGAAGGCGGCUCGCGGGGUCCUCUGACGUCCCUGUCGCAGCCGUGCCUGAGUGCUGCGGGGCCGACGAGGAUCCUGCCCUUCCUGUUCCUGGGCUCUCAGCGGGAUGCGCAGGACCCCGACCUGCUGGCGUCGCACAACAUCUGCUAUGAGCUGAACGUCAGCACGUCGUGUCCCAAGCCGGACUUCAUACCCGAUGCGCACUUUUUGCGCAUUCCCGUCAACGACAGCCACGCGGACAAGCUGCGGCCACACUUCGCUCGGGCCUGCCGCUUUCUGGACAAAGUACGGGAAUCAAGUGGAUGCGUGCUGGUGCAUUGUCUGGCCGGGGUGUCCCGGUCUCCGACUGUGGCCAUCGCAUACGUCAUGCGACACCUGGGCCUGUCAUCAGACGAUGCCUACCGGUACGUCAAGAGCAAGCGUCCCAGCAUAUCACCAAACUUCAACUUCCUCGGCCAGCUGUUGGAAUACGAACGCGAGCUACGUGGUGAAGCUGUUCACCGGACAGGGGGUGCCGCUAGCGCCCCGCUGCCGGAGGAGAGGCCCACUGGGCGCUGUGAGGAACCCCAGCAGCAGCCUCGCGAGGGGGAGCGACCACCUCCUCUCGUACGACCCGCUGCAGACCCACGGUGGUCACUGUGCCGGCUGAGCCUGGACUUGCGAGGCUCGAGCACCGCCGGCAACCGACGAGAUGUGCAGCGCAGUCGGAGCUGCAACAUUCAGAACUGGCCGCUGCUCGGACCGCACCCAGAGGAGGAUGUUGCACCCGCAUCAUCAUUGUCGGCCACAGACUGCCGAUAUCCGGGUCACCAUCAGACGGUACCGGCAGACGAGGAAGAGGUCAUCCUGCGUAGGCGACACAAGGCGGGUGACUACGAGCCUCGCAGGGACACUCGGAGCCAUGACAGUGCUUACAGGUGCGGCACUCUAUGGUCUCUCACCUUGGAAGACAUGGCUGAGCUGGAGGCAGCAGCCGGUGUGGAGACUGGGGCUGCGUGUCCCCUAGCGCCCCCUCCUCCUCAUCUCCCAAUGAGUCCCCUGAGUCCCUCUGAGAGCCACUUACUGCAGGACUUUGCCUCUUCUCCACCUGCAGAUAGCUGCUGCCCUGCAGAAAAUCUGUGGGGCCGGUCAGUCGAGCUGGAAGGAUCCCACGACUCUGGCGUCACCAGCGCAUCAUCCGGUUCCUUCUGGGGCGCUCCGUUGCGGGCGCCAUCAUGUUCCUCCUCUUCUUCCACAUCCUCGUCCACUUCCUCUUCCUCCUCGUCCCUGGCGGCAGACGCCGGCAUCUACGGCAGCGACUGCGGCGUCUCCGGCUUCUCUUCGUCUCGCGCACUGCCGCGUGCCCAAUCUUGCCCCGUCAUGCUGGGUGGCUGGCUGCGCAGGGCCUCGAGCCUCGACGAGUUUCCUCUCUGCUCCUCGUCGUCGCACGCGGCGGCGCUCUCACGACCGCGCAACCGCUACAGCUGCGGCAGUCUCGAGGCCGUGCUCGGCGAAGGAGGCAGCUCGGUGGCCGCCUUGUCCGUGUCCUCCCUGCGAGAAGCCGCCGCCCGGCGCCAGACGCCGUACUCGCGCCGCUCGGCCAGCCUCAUCCCGGUCUCGUGACGGCGGCCCGCAGCGCGGCCGCUAAGCCUAACCAUGGCUGCGGCACUGCCGGCUCGGGCCCUCGUUGGCGACGCAUCCGGACUGCUGCUGGCGGCUGCCGCCGCCGCUUUGGCCUGGGCCCUGACGGGACUGGCGGCUCUCGUUUGAUCAGCGGCACCCGUGGAAGAAAAAAUGGGAGCUCGCUGGACUGUGGCCACAGAAAAUGAAAAGUAGAGUGGAUGGCUUCAGGUGACCAGGAAAUCAGCCUUUGUGCAUCCGCGUAUCCUCAUCGAGCUCAGCGGCACGCUCUCGUACAGCUUUGAGUCAAGUGCAUAUUUGUAGCUUGCUGGGGCAUAAACUUUGUAGCUUAUAUGUGCAAAAGAAAGUGACUGAUUGGCGCUGUGUGACUCAUCGGCCAUGUGCAUCAUUGCAUUGUAACAAAGGUAAAACGCCUCGUGGUACGAGGCGAUAGUCAAAACACAGUGAUAGUGUGCUUGCUGCGAGGUCUCGUGGCAACUACUGCAACAAGACAUUUAUCUGUUCAGCCACUCGGACGUUGUUCGGUCACGGCAGCCCUAUUUGCCCAGAGUGCUAAUGAUAUUUAUCUGGCCAUGCCAGAAGAUGCUGAGGGACAGUUCCUUCACCUCAUACUUCGUGCCCUGCUACGGCAGCGGCAUAACUUGGAAUGUAUGCUUCCCUGAUGUCUUUACCACAUAUCUUUCUGCUGUGGCUUAUUGAGAAUUGCUGGCUUGUGGAAACCUUACCCGCCUGAAGCGCACCAGAGUAUUUCAAACUGAUGCUCCCAGCUUGAAGGAUAAUGUAAUGUGACACGACUUGAGGAGAGCACCCUGUGCACCAAAGAUCGGUCUUGUCAUGUACAUCGCAUGGCGUUAGGCUUGCAAACCUCAUACUUGAAUACGUGGGACUGAGCCUUGCAAUAUUAGAACAACUUUUACGAGGGAUGAGUGCUUCUUCUCGAUAGUGCGUUGUAUCCUUGAUUGCUUCGAUAAGAUGAUCGCCCAGAAAAACUGAUAGUAGCUCAUGACCCUGCAAGUUUGUGUAAGAACUGCUGCAACACUGGUUGGCUAGGCUGCAUCGUGACGCAAGGUGUCCCUUUUCAUGACAUCGCCUCUCCGAAAUGCCUUGCUUCUUCCGAGGUGUGCCUGUAAAAGGUUUCACGCUGACACAGGAGGCGGCAUGAGCUUCUUUUUCUGCGCUUCAUCUUCUUUAGCAUCACAUCUUCGAUAACCAUCUGAGCCACUCAUACCAGUGUGGUCGACAAGCAACAAAUGUCGAGUAAGUUAUCAGAUAUAGCGUACCGCAAAACAAGUUCGCACUAGUGACAGUCCCAGUGCUGAGGGUGCCUGUUAUCUCUGGGUCCAGGCCAGCUAUCUAUUCUCUGCUGAAGUCUUUCAAGGCAUGCAUCACCUUUCUUCCUGACCUUGGCAAUCCAUAUGCCUAUCAUUCUUGCUUGCGCCUACCCUUCCAGUGUCCAUGAUAGUGGUACAGGAGGGGCAGUGUUUUGGGAAUGACUGGCAUGUAUUGCACGUGGGACACCAUAAGUCGAGACCGACUUUUUAUAGAUGUCAAUAUUAAUGUGUGGCUUGUCUCCCACAUCCCACUCCCUUUUUUUUUGCUUGAGCCCAUUCUCCUGUUUGGCAAACUGUGCCUCGUUGGGUGAACGAGUGGUUUUAUUUUUCGGCGCGACCACCGCGCACUAAGGCCUCUUUUACCGCUGCUCCAAAGACAUCUUGCCAUAGCCACAGUGGCUCUUGGCUUACCUGAUGGGGGAUAGCGUUGAAGUGUCACGCUUCCCCCGACAAUGUACAAAUGGUUCUUCCUCCUCUUCACCAAACAAACUUUUUUUUUGUCUAUAACAUGUAUCGCACUUGUUUUCUUUGAUGGCAUCGGCCUCAUCAAGACAGCAGGCCUCCGUUGUGCUAUGCACGUAGAGAUCUAUCCCUGAGCGGUAUUUAUUGAAGAAAAAAAAAAAGAAACUAGUCGAGCAAGUUUAGGAGCAUCCUAGACCUAGCUGCAACUCUGUCUUCCUAUAUAUAGUUACACCCUGCACCCACCGCGGGAGCAGUGCGGUUUUUUCCUUUUGUUCUCGUCUUUGUUGUUGUUGUUUUUGGGAAUGAAAGGACGUGCGCGUUGUCGUCGCGUUCAUUGCACGCGUGCACGUUGUGAAUGUUCUCGGCCCACGAAGUCUGCCGUGGCCAGUUUUUAUCCGAUUUUCAGUGCCAGCCCGCCGCUAAGCUGUAAAAAUGAGGAACCACUUUGGAAUGAAUGGACCAGCCACGACAACGAGGUCAGCUUCAGCGCUUUGCUGAUAUAGCGAAACAUCAAAUAUGGGGGUUUCGUGUGUUGAAAAAAUGUCUAAAUUGAGCUUACCAGCUGCCAUAGUCCUGUGAAAUAAUGAACCAGCAUCAAAAAGCUUCAGCCGCAUACCUUUCCUGACGAUUUGAGAAAGAGGUGCAAAGCGACGAAAGUAUUAUUAAACCUGGUGCUGAAUUCAUUUUUUUAAUUCUUUAUCUACAUGACAUUUCCAUUGCUCUUGCCAAUUUUGAUAUACAGUGAUCCUAACGGCUGUGUAAAAUAUCUUAGCUAACGAAGUGUUGGUCAGUAAUGGCUAGCUUUGAUUUCGGUAGGAUCUGUUGCAAAUAACUUGUAUGUGCUGCCACACCAGUCAUGUUUUAAGCGUUUUGCUUGCCUCUGUUUCGUGCUAUAACCACCCAUCCAUAGAUUUAAGCACAUUUACUAGGCUCUGUGAGCUUUCUACAGCUACAUUGCACAACCGUGGGUGUAUGUGUCCUCCAGUGUAAUUUUCAAAUCAGGGUGUCGUAAUGUGGAAAGCAAACAUACUUGCGACUCAUAGCCAGAAAGGUGCAAUUUAUUUGUUUGCCCUCACCUAUUACCUCUUCACCUUUUCAUGCACAUGUGUUGUAUGGUACAAAAGGAAUCGCAGCCUACACUGUUAAUGAAAGUCUGCAACAGUUCAUUAAGACUUAAGUGUGCACCUUGUCAUUCAUACUUGCCGAAGGGCAUACCUCUUCAUAACCUGACCCGCUUUGCUUAAGCCUUCAGAAUUUUAUAGGAUUUUAUACGAAUUUUCGAGGAAAAUAAACGUUUUGUUUUGCUGUCUUUCCAAGUAUGACUUUUUGUUUCGUUUUGCUAUCUUUGCAAGUAUGACUUUUUGUUUUGGUUUUGCUGCCGUUGGAAGUAGAAACGUGCAGAUCGGCUCCUUGUCUCGAGAGUUUUCGAUGUGCUCGCUUAUAAAACUAUUCUCGUCUCUGUAAUGUUUUGCAGUAGAACAGAAUCAAACCAGUAGUGUGUCAUAUGAGUGCAGUGAUGCAUCGCAGCGUCGUCACAUGAGUAUGGCAGCAUCAGGCAGUUGAAUGCUUUGCUGGGCGAGUUGGUUCAUGAUCUUAAAAUAAAACACAGUGCAAAACAAGACAGGACAGGAGAGUAUUCUUCCUGUCGUGUUGCCUCUCUCGUCCUGUCCUUUUUUGCACUCUGCUUUUAUUUGCAGAGAGUUCAAGCCUACUUUUUGUCAUUUAGAGUGGCAGGUAGUGAAACUACAAACUUUAUUGUACAUAUCCAUCUGAGUUGCUACAGCUUGUUUGCAUUCUGCACAUACAGGGCAAGCAAAAUUGGCGCCUGGAUUCAAAAGGAUCGUUUAAUUUUUUCGUGUGAAAAACAUGUUGCGGAGCUUCAGUAUGCUAUCAACACACGUGCGAUGUGCUGACAAUUUGGGCGCAAUGAACUAGAACAUGUAACACCAGUCUACAAAUUUUAAGUGUGGUGUGAACCACCAAUUGGUUGUACAUGUUACUCAUCUGAACGUAGAUGUUCAGGCCACGGAUGCACAGGACGACAUCUAUGACACAUUUCCUAUGUAAAUCCUUUAGUGUCAUGUCCUGCUCCUUGUGUGUAUAGCGCGAAUGACUGGACAUUUUGAAGUGAAGAAGCACGACUAACAAAAAGUGUGAAUGCGUAACUGUAGGCAAUUUCUGUUGUGCUUUGCAGUUUUUUUUGGCUGGUUGCACUUAUUGGAGCAGUGCCCUCCAUCAACUGUGACGCCAGCGUUCGCUUGUUAGACGUGUGGUCGGGCGACACCUGUGCAAUGUACGCUUCCGAUCGGAGCGUCCCCUACGCAGGCAGUGUACCGCGCGUGCUACCCUUUGUGUGCAAUCAAAGCUACUGCCAGUAGGUGGUCGUCUUCGCCAUGGCGGGGCACUUUUUCCUCGGAACGUGUGCAUUAUUUAGAACCCCCUGUUAAGUUUUUCUUCCUCCGUUGCACAUACACGCAAUGUUUGUCUAGUGCCUUGUGCUGUGUCCCCUGACCGUGUAGCGCUAACUGCCAUCGGCGUCUGUAUUGUGCACGCUGUACCGAAUGUGAAGCGCGGGGUUCUGCAGCCCCCCCUCCCCCUUUAUGGACUGGGAUCGUAUAGUGUUGGUGUUUGUGUGGGAAUUGCAAAAGGAACAAGCAUAUCAACCGCAAAUUGAUUUCUGAACUAUCAUUUGACAUGUCGUGGGUGGGCACAUUCGGCUGUCUACGCACUGCCGAGUGUAGCCGAUGAUACAAGUAUGUGGUGUACAGAACGCUGUCAUCGGACCGCGGCACUUGGCAGCUGCGUCACGCAUACAGAAGGCCACGAAAUACUACGGACCACGUAAGCGCGAUCUGAUAUGGCCACCUGGUUGCUGUCGAGAGCAUUGUUCUGGUGUUUGCGCGGCCUCAGCUAGGCUCUCGACAGCAGACGGCUCGCCACUAGACGGCGCAGACUUCAAUUUCGCCGCGUGCUCGCGUGGUCCAUAUUAUAUUCUAGCCGGCUCUACAUUUCCCGUGUGGUUUCCUUCUGUGGUCUGCCAUAUCUGUAAUAUGCAUUGGUCGCCUUUCGUGCAUGCCUGAUGGUGCACAUGGGGGAUGGAUGACUUACGAUCGUUGGACGAACUUCCAAGUGUCGUGAGCAAGUGACAGUGCUGCUAGCGGUUUUUUCUUUUGUUCGAAGUGCAGGAGAGUUGCGCUUGUGUUGGACGUGUGGCUGAUCGCCAAUACGAGAAAUAAAGAACUCGUGGCCUCCCUGA